CCUCUCCCACCCUUCCACACCUCCCAGCUCCACCACCACCAGCAGCAGCGUGCGAGUAGCACAGAGAAGGAAGGAAGCUAGUAGGCGCGAGCAGCGGAAAGCUGUAGUAAGAACACUACACGGGGCUCGUGUUUCUGACAGGAUGGCGCACAUGAGCCGGGUGUGGGCGGCGGCCACGGUGGCCGCCGUGCGGGCGCAGCGGGAGAGGGCGCCCUCCGCCGCGGCGGCGGGGGCGGGUGCCGGGGCGCGGGACCGGCUGGCGGGGCUCGCCCCGCAGGCGGCGGCGCUGGCCGCGGCGCGGGCGGCCGCCGACGACGGCCGCAGGCAGGCCGGCGCCGACGAGUCGCUCCGCAAGGCCAUGUACCUCAGCUGCUGGGGCCCCAGCUGAGAGGAUAAGGCCGUUUUGUGAAUGUGACGGGGCGGCGGAUGGGUGGGACAGGCGGUCGGUGUAGGGGCCUCGGCCUUUGCGGAUGCUCAAUGGCCGGACCGGGCCUGCUGGGGCCUUUGAUGAACUCGCGAUCGCGAGAUGCGUUGAGGGGUUCGGUGAUUUGGGAUUAACAUCUGGGAAAUUUGUGGGAUCAUCAAAAGGGUUACUGUACUGUAAUCUUGUACAUAUGCUUCCUGUAGAUAUCGAAUGGAACUAGGGAAAAAGAAAAAAAAAUCUUUCGGCUACUUUCUCUCUGGAACUUUCGAUCGAUCAGUCAGAGCAAACGCUGUCGAGUUUGAGCGAUUA